AAUACAAUCAUAUAAUUGAUAGUUAUGAAUAUCUACUUUCAUAACUCAAGGGAAUUUACUUAAUAUAAACACGAAUUCCCAGAAAUAGUUGGAUCAAUACUUAGUAGAUUAGGAAAUUAUGUGAAAUUAGUGAUUUGUGGGGACUUCAAUACCCCAAUCUUACAAAAUAGUAGACUCAGAGACCUAUUGUUUAAACAAAUCACUUUCAGAAGAUAAUUAUCAAAUAAAUAUAUAUCAUCCUAUACUGAUUGAAAGCCCACUAUCAAUUUCCUUAAGU